CCUCGCAGUGGUAAUUUGGUUUAGUCUGAUCUACUGCUCCGAUUCUCUCAUCAUCAGUCAGUCAGUCAGUGAGCGCGCGCGCGUGUUUAUGCGAGUUGUACUAUAACAGCAUCAGCCCUCAAAACAAACAAACACUCGGGAUUUUUAUAGGAGAUAUUCAAAAUGAAGGAGCCAAUACCUGUGAGAGCAAAGCAUCUUGAAUAAAAAGAGGCAAGUGUGCGUGUGUGUGUGCAUGCAUGUGUGUACGUGGAUGAGAUGUCUGUCCCUGCCAAACAAGAGAGGACAGUGUGCGUCCUUCUUCCCACCAAGGAGACAUUGGACAUCACAGUGGGGCUGAAAGCAACAGGUCAAGAAUUGUUUCAACGUGUCUGCGAGCUUCUCGGGGUUAAAGAGCUGCACUACUUUGGAUUGACUUUAGUUAAAAACAAUGAGCACAUCUUUCUGGACUUGGAAGAGAAACUUGCCAAGUAUUUCCCCAAGGAGUGGAAACAGGACUCAGGGAAGGGGUCGCUGAGGAGGUCAAUCCCUCCCCUGCUCUGUCUGAAGGUCCAGUACUAUGUGGAGAAUGGCAGACUCAUCUGUGAGCGUAAAGCGAGAAAACUGUACUACUAUGACCUGCGGGAACGUGUCCUGCGCUCAGAAUGCAGACAGCAGGAGGAAGUGUAUUUCCAGCUGGCAGGAUACGCCUUACAGGCCGAACGCUCUGACCACCUCAGUCACGGACACCCUAUGUAUUUCCAGCCCAAAGAGUACUUUCCACCCUGGAUAAUUGCGAAGCGUGGCAUUGACUACCUGCUGUGUCACGGGCCCAAGGUUCAUAAAGAGCUGUGGGGGAUGUCCUCUCGUGACGCUAUCCUGCACUUUAUCAGAGAAUCCUGCCGUCUGGAGGAUGUCCCAGUCACCUUUUAUCGCCUACAGAAGGACAAGAAAGAAGAGAAAGGCUCAGCACUCCUUGGACUGACUCUCCGAGGAAUGCAAGUGUAUCAGGAGGUGAACAAUGUGCGUGAUCUGCUGUAUGAUUUCCCCUGGUUUCACGUGGGAAGACUCACCUUUCUGGGGAAGAAGUUUGAGAUCCAGCCGGAUGGUUUGCCCUCGGCGAGGAAGCUGGUGUACUACACGGGUUCAGCUUUUCGUUCUCGACAUCUGUUGCUGCAUCUGAGUUCCUGUCACCGAUUGUAUCUCAGCUUGCAACCUGCGCUCAAACACCUGCGCCAGCUAGAGGAGACAGAGGAGAAGAAGAGGUAUCGUGAAUCGUACAUCAGUGAUGAGCUAGACCUGGAUCAGCCGUGCAGCGAGGGCAGUCCCCGUCUGUCUCGACACUCCACCAGCAGCUCUGGCAUUGAGGCGGACACCAGGCAACGCAGCGUCUCCGUAGAGAUGGUUUCCAUGGAGGAGAAGGAGAAGUCUUUCAUCUCUGCCGUCAGUCACGGCUCCUCUGGGAUCGACACAAGCAGUAAAGCUCGGACUGAUGAAGAUGAGUGGCAGGAGGAAGAUUUGCAGGAGAUGGUGAAGGAGCCCGGGGAGGUUUCUGUGGACGGCCCUGUGGAUAUCUUGCGACUGGCUGAGCUACUGGAGGGCGUGUCUGUCAACUGUCCUACCAUCCAAUCAGAAAAAGAGUUUAAAGGUCUGCAAAUGAGUUCAGUUACAGGCGACGUCCAAAUGGACCUUUGUGACCCAGAUGGCAUGAAACAGGUUUCGAAUCAGAAGACUCGUAACCCGGCCGACCGCUACAGUCUGAGCCUGGACGAUGUGCGACUGUAUACCCCUCUUCUCCCGCUGGGAACGGCAUCAGUUCCAGACACCUCCGUCAGCUACACGUUUGGGCUCCCACACACCACGACCAGCCCAUGUCCAGAAAAAACUACUUUCUGUGUCCAGCGCUCCACGAACUGCCUAUCUCUGGACCUGCUGGACGAUAACCAGCUGCUGGAGCUUCUUCUAUAAGACACUGAGAAGACUGCCGCUUUCUGUUGUCUCCCUGUUCAUGCCAUUAAACCGGACUGCAAAAUGAAAGCAAAACAGAAGCAUUAACAGGACACAUUUUCAACAGGACUUUUCAUUAAAACAACCUUACACUUAAAUGUGUUUUCUAUGCUGUUCAACAGCAGGACAAUAUGAACAAUCGUGGGUUGUUUUACAAAUUAUACAUGCAGAACGUUUUGUUGAACUUUGUACAGAAUUUGUUCAUGGAUAAUCUUACAACGAGCAAGGCAUUACGGCACUAACACUGUGUCCUAUAAAGGUGUGAUGCAAAAACAACUAAUGAUAAAAAAUAUAUUUCUUCCAUGUAAAUUCUAAAUGGUCGUAACCACAAUGAGCAAAAAGAAGCCCCUCCCAUUGUGAACUUUCAUUGAUCCAAAUUUUGUUGUCCAUGACUGUGUACUAAACAUCAUCGUGGACAC